AUGACCUCCAAUCUCACUAAGAACUUGAAGCAGCCGGCUCUGGACUUUCUGUCCUUUGUCAACGCUUCCCCUACUCCUUUUCAUGCGGUCCAGUCUGCCAAAUGUCUUCUCGCAAAGGCUGGAUUCCAGGAAAUUAAGGAGAAGGAUUCCUGGGCUUCGACUUGCCGCCCUGGCGGAAAGUACUACUUGACCCGCAAUAGCUCGACCAUCGUGGCUUUUGCUGUAGGCAAGAAAUGGAAGCCUGGAAACCCAAUUUCCAUGAUUGGAGCCCAUACAGAUUCUCCUGUCUUGAGAAUCAAGCCUGUCAGUAACAAGCGUGGUGAAGGAUACAUCCAAGUGGGUGUUGAAACCUACGGCGGAGGUAUUUGGCACACAUGGUUCGAUCGUGACUUGGGUGUCGCGGGACGUGCAAUGGUCCGCACAGGCGACGGCUCCAUCGUGCAGAAGCUGAUCAAGAUUGAUCGUCCAAUCCUCCGCAUUCCUACACUGGCUAUUCAUCUGGACCGCCAGGAAAAUUUCUCCUUCAACAAGGAGACCCAGCUAUUCCCCAUUGCUGGUAUGAUCGCUGCGGAACUCAACCGUACCGGUGAGUCCAAAAAUAAUGGCGACAAGGGUACCGAAGGCGAGAGCGGAGAGUUCUCGCCCUUGAAGGCCAUCACGGAGCGUCAUCACCCUUACAUCGUCGAGCUCAUUGCUACGGAAGCGGGUGUCAGCCCCAAGGAUGUGGUUGACUUUGAAAUGAUCCUAUUCGAUACCCACAAGUCCUGCCUGGGUGGAUUUCAGGAUGAGUUCAUCUUCUCUCCUCGUUUGGACAAUUUGGACAGCUCUUUCUGCGCCACCGUGGGCUUGAUUGACUCUGUGGCUGAUACGUCCGCACUGGACGAUGAACCCGCCAUCCGUCUGAUUGCUCUCUUCGACCACGAAGAGAUUGGCAGCCGGACAGCCCAGGGCGCCGAUUCCAACAUCCUCCCCGCAAUUAUCCGCCGUUUGUCCGUACUCCCAUCGACAUCUGGGGAUGCCGACGUGGCCACUGCCUACGAGCAAACACUUUCCACAUCGUUCCUCCUCUCCGCGGACAUGGCCCAUGCUGUACACCCCAACUACUCGGCCAAGUAUGAGAAUGACCACCGGCCGGAGAUCAACAAGGGCCCCGUCAUCAAGAUCAAUGCCAACGCUCGUUACGCUACCAAUUCCCCCGGUAUCGUCCUGCUUCAGGAAGUCGCACGCAAGGCUGCCGCUGAUGAAGGCGAGGGUGUUCCCCUGCAGCUCUUUGUGGUCCGUAACGAUUCCAGCUGUGGGAGCACUAUCGGACCUAUGCUCUCUGCCGCCCUAGGUGCCCGAACCUUAGAUCUAGGCAAUCCUCAGCUGAGCAUGCACAGCAUUCGGGAGACUGGCGGAACCUAUGACGUCGGACAUGCCAUCCGACUGUUCAAGAGCUUCUUCAAGCACUACGCCAGCACUGCGCAGACCAUUUUCGUGGAUUAA